AUGGCAAAUAAGUGCGGCGCCUGUGGUCGUUUUGCUUCUACAAUUGACUCGAUAAAGUGCGCAAGUUGCACUCAUUUAUUUCAUCGCAAAUGUGCUAGUAUUCCUAUUGACGGCCGAAUAUCAAAUAAAUGGCAAUGCAGCGGUUGUAAGGCAAAAAAUGUAUGUGCGAGUGGGGUGAACACAAUAGCUACGCCCAGUUCGUGUAGCUCGGGCGGCACGGACACAGAGUUCGGCGAUGCACAGCUUGGAUCCGACGAUGGAGGGCGCUGUGAAACUAAUGUCGACUUAGCAAACGAGCUAAAAUUAAUACGCGAGCAGUUGACUACUAUUGCCCGCGAAAUGGUAUCUUUUCGCCAGGAAAUCACUAACAUUAAUUCUAAUGUUAGUGAGAUAAGUAACAGGGUUAGCGACGUCGAGAAAAGGAUCGCAUGUCUUGAGCAGCAGGCAACGGACUUGCCGAAUCAACCCGGAGGGUCCAAGGUCGAAGAUAGCAUAGCGGAGUUAAAGUGUCGACUUAACGAGCGUGAUCAAGAAUUACUUUUAAACGAUCUGGAAAUAUCUGGAAGGCCAAGAUCUGAAAAUGAGGAAAAUGACCACAUAGGUGAAGAUCAUGAUCAGUCACAAGAUAAACAACCCCGUUCCACCGCGAGCACUGAAUCGGACCAAACAACCGAUAAUGCAAAGAAUUCAUCAAAAUCGGAAUUCAAAUCUCCACUUCCGAAAAAGAGAAAAUACGUCGCGAACCAGGACCCAAUGUUGCAAUCGGCAUUUGAUUUGCUGAAAUCGUCAGCUUCGGCUGCUAAAGCGGUAGCUACUGCUUCAACUGCACCCGCUACUGGAUUAGACCAGUAUCAGCUAUACGCUAAUUUUUGGCAGGCAAAUUUAGGUGUUAUUCCAAGCAAACCUACAUGA